GCAGCCUCAAACCUCCCGAAGAGACAACCAAAUCGAGCCCCGGUGUUUGUUUGCACAUGCGGAUGCUGGUCACCUUUGAAGAUGUGGUUAUUUACUUCUCAAAGGAGGAAUGGGCUCUGCUGGACCCAGACCAGAGAACUUUGUACAGAGAAGUCACGUGGGAAAAUUAUGGGACUUUGGCCUCACUGGGAUAUCCAGUCCCCAAGCCUGACCUCAUUUGCAGAUUGGAAGAUGGGGAAGAAAUGUGGGUGCUGGAUUCUCGGAACUUGGAUAUAACAGAGAUCUCUAGCAUAAGCUCGGGAACUUCAAGCAAAAAAAUCACAUGCCCUGAGUGUGGGAAAUGUUUUACUAAGCAGUGUAAUCUUGCUAGGCAUAAGCAAGUCCACGCAGCAAAGAAACCCUACGAAUGCUUGGAGUGCGGGAAAGGUUUUGCCCAACAGCCCCAGUUUCUGAAACACCAGCAAGGCCACAGCCAAGAGAAACCCUACAUGUGUGAGGAGUGUGGGAAAAGUUUUACACACCAUUCUGUGUUUGUGACCCACCAGAGGGUUCACACAGGAGAGAAGCCCUAUAAAUGCCUGGAGUGUGGGAAGAGUUUGGCACUGCAGGGAGACCUUGUGAGGCAUCAGCGACUCCACACAGGAGAGAGACCCUACAAAUGUUCAGAAUGUAGCAAAAGUUUUGCUCGCCAUUCAAACCUUGUGAACCACCAGAGAGUUCACACUGGAGAGAAACCCUAUAAGUGCCUGGAGUGCGCGAAGUGCUUCGCCUGUCAUUCACAUCUCGUGAGUCACCACAGAAUCCACACAGGCGAGAAACCCUACAAAUGUUUGGUGUGUCGGAAGAGCUUUGCUGAAAGAUCCACCUUUGUGAAACACCAGAGAGUCCAUACGGGGGAGAAGCCCUAUCAGUGCCUAGAGUGUGGGAAGUGCUUUGCUCAACAUUCCAACAUUGUGAAACACCAGAGAAUCCAUACGGGAGAGAAGCCCUUUAAAUGCCUGGAGUGCGGGAAAUGUUUUACGCGCCGCUCAUAUCUGAUGAUCCACCAGAGUGUCCACACAGGAGAGAAGCUGUACAAAUGCCUGGAGUGUGGCAAAGGUUUCGCUCAGAACUCAACUCUGGUGCAACAUAUGAGAGUCCACACAGGAGAGAAGCCAUUCCAAUGCCUGGAAUGCGGGAAGUGUUUUGCUGAGAACUCGAGCCUUGUGAAACACAAGAGGGUCCACACGGGAGAGAAGCCCUAUCAGUGCUUGGAGUGUGGAAGACAUUUUGCUGAUGUCUCAGGCCUGGUGAAACAUAAGAGGGUCCACACAGGGGAGAAGCCUUACAAAUGCUUGGAGUGCGGGAAGUGUUUUACUCAGAACUCAACUUUGGCCCAGCAUAAGAGAAUCCAUACCGGAGAGAAGCCUUAUGAAUGCCCUGAGUGUGGGAAAUGUUUUGCUGAGAACUCAGUUCUGGUGACCCACCAGAGGGUGCACACAGGAGAGAAGCCCUUUAAAUGCUUGGAGUGUGGGAAAUGUUUUACUCGUCAGUCUGUCCUGGUGACGCACCAGAGAGUUCAUAGAGGAGAGAAACCUUACGAAUGCCUAGUGUGUGGGAAAUGUUUUACUGAUCCUUCAGCCUUUUUGAAACACAAGCGAGUCCAUACGGGAGAGAAGCCUUAUACAUGUUUAAAAUGUGGGAAGUGUUUUUCUCAACAAUCUAGUCUUAUAAGCCACCAGAGACUUCACAUGGGAGAGAAGUUGUACAAAUGCCUGGAUUGUGGGAAAUGUUUUUCCCAACAGUCAACCCUUGUUAGCCAUCAAAGACUCCACACAGGAGAAAAACCCUAUCGGUGUGCAGAUUGUGGGAAGUGUUUUGUUCAACGCUCAGGCCUUGUGAGCCAUCAGAGGCUCCAUACAGGAGAGAAACCUCAUAAAUGUAUGCAGUGUGGGAAGUGUUUUGCUCAACGCUCAGUCCUUAUGAGGCACCAUAUAGUCCACACAGGAGAGAAGCCCUAUAAAUGCCCUGACUGUGGGAAAUGUUUUACUCAACAUGCAAGCCUUGUGAAACACCAGAGAGUCCAUAAGGGAAAGAAACCCUACAAAUGCCUCAAGUGUGGGAAAUGUUUUGCUGACAACUCAGGGCUUGGAACCCACCAGAGAGUCCACACAGGAGAAAAGCCCUAUAAAUGCCUGGAGUGUGGGAAAUGUUUUACCUGCCAGUCAUACCUUAUGACACAUGAAAGAGCCCACACAGGAGAAAAGCCUUAUAAAUGCCCAGAAUGUGAGAAAUGUUUCCCUCACCAAUCAUACCUUAAGACCCAUCAGAAACUCCACACUCAGGAAAAAUCCUACAAAUGCCUGGAGUGUGGGAAAUGUUUUGCUGACAGCUCUGGUCUUGUGAAACACAAGAGAGUCCACACAGGAGAGAAGCCAUAUAAAUGUCUAGAGUGUGGGAAAUGUUUUAUUGACAACUCAGGCCUCGUGAAACAUAAGAGAACACACACUGGGGAGAAGCCCUACAAGUGUAAAGAGUGUGGGAAAAGCUUCUGUCGCCCUUCAACCCUUACUUUACAUCAAAGAAUUCACACAGGAGAGAAACCAUAUAAAUGUUUACAGUGUGGAAAGAGUUUCAGUCAAACCUCAGGUCUUUCUUCUCAUGAAAUGGUUCACACUGGGGAGAAACCAUAUAAGUGUUUGGAGUGUGGAAAGAGCUACCGUCAUAGCAGUAAUCUUAUUCUUCACCAAAGGAUUCACACUGGAGAGAAACCAUAUAAAUGCUCUGAGUGUGGAAAGAGCUUCCACCAGAGCUCAGGUCUUGCCUCUCAUCAGAGAACCCACACCAUGGAGAAACCAUACCAAUGCUCAGAGUGUGGAAAAAGUUUCCGUCAUAGCAGUAACCUUACUUUUCACCAGAGGAUUCACACUGGUGAGAAACCAUAUAAAUGUUUGGAGUGCGGGAAGAGCUUUGGAGAGAGCAGAAAGCUAGCUAUACAUAAAAGGAUUCACACAGGGGAGAAACCAUAUAACUGCUUGCAGUGUGGAAAGAACUUCAGUCAGAAGAUCCAUCUUACUUCACAUCAAACAAUUCAUGUAGGGGAGAAACCGUAUAAAUGCUUGCAGUGUGGAAAGAGCUUCAGAGAUAGCUCAUAUCUUGCUGUACACCAAAGGAUUCAUACUGGGGAGAAACCAUAUAAGUGUUUGGAGUGUGGAAAGAGCUUCCAACAGAGCUCAGGCCUUACUGCACAUCAAAGGAUUCACACAGGGGAGAAACCAUAUAAAUGUUUACAGUGUGGAAAGAGCUUCCACCAGAGCUCAGGCCUUACUACACACCAAAAGAUUCAUACAGGAGAGAAACCAUAUAAAUGUUUACAGUGUGGAAAGAGUUUCAGUCACACUUCAGGCCUUACUUCUCAUGAAAGGGUGCACACUGGAGAGAAACCAUAUAAAUGUUUGGAAUGUGGAAAAAGAUUCCGUCAUAGCAGUAACCUCACUCUUCACCAAAGGAUUCACACUGGAGAGAAACCAUACAAAUGCUUAGAGUGUGGAAAAAGCUUCCAUCAAAACUCAGGCCUUACUUCUCAUGAAAAGAUUCACACUGGAGAGAAACCAUAUCAGUGCACAGUGUGUGGAAAGAGCUUCAGCUGGAGAUCAAACUUUUCUGCACAUCAAAAGGUUCACGCAAGGGAGAAACCAUGUAAAUGAAGCUGUUCUGAAUCACAGCAGAGUCAUAUCUGCUACAGUCUCUGAUACUCCUAAUAUAUAGCUAUAUAGAUCUUCC